CCAUUGCUUUCUACCGGAAAAAUUAUCUGCUCGUUUCGUACAUCUUCUCCCAGUUGAAUCAGGAUUGAAUAGAAAAAUGGCUGAAGCUUCUGCUGUUGCUCCAAAUGCUGAGUUGUUGGAUUGGCCAAAGAAGGAUAACCGUCGUUUUCUCCAUGUUGUCUACCGUGUUGGUGAUCUUGAUCGCACAAUCGAGUUUUACACUGAGUGCUUUGGUAUGAAGCUGUUGAGGAAAAGAGAUGUCCCUGAGGAGAAGUAUUCUAAUGCUUUUCUGGGUUUUGGACCUGAAACUUCCAACUUCGUUGUGGAGCUGACAUAUAACUAUGGUGUUAGCUCAUAUGAUAUUGGAACUGGAUUUGGGCAUUUUGCCAUUUCAACUCAAGAUGUUUCCAAAAUGGUUGAGACCGUCCGUGCCAAGGGUGGAAAUGUCACCAGAGAACCUGGUCCUGUCAAAGGUGGAAACAGUGUCAUCGCGUUCGUGAAGGACCCUGAUGGUUACGCUUUUGAGCUUAUCCAGAGAGGUCCAACUCCUGAACCACUCUGUCAAGUUAUGCUUCGUACUGGUGAUCUUGACCGCGCCAUCAAAUUCUAUGAAAAGGCCCUUGGGAUGAGACUCUUGAGAAGGAUUGAGAGACCUGAAUACAAGUACACCAUAGGCAUGAUGGGAUAUGCUGAGGAAUACGAGACAAUAGUUUUAGAGCUGACCUAUAACUACGGCGUGACUGAGUACACUAAGGGCAAUGCAUAUGCACAGAUUGCAAUAGGCACCGAUGAUGUGUACAAAAGCGGUGAAGUUGUGAAGAUAGUCAACCAAGAGCUAGGAGGAAAGAUCACUAGAGAAGCUGGACCUCUUCCUGGACUUGGCACCAAGAUUGUCUCAUUCCUUGAUCCAGAUGGCUGGAAAACGGUUCUGGUCGACAACAAAGAUUUUCUGAAGGAACUGGAAUGAGGAGAGCGAUGAUGAUGGUCGAGAUCACAACGUUAAGAAUAAAACCAUAAUAAUGUGAUCAUCAGGACUGUCUAUGUAAUGGAUUGAGAAACAUUGGCCUAGGGCCAAAUUUAAAUAAAAUAAAUACUCUUAAAAGCUUAUUUUUGAAGUUUGAAAGAGAGAUUUUUUAAUAAUUCUUAUAAA